UUUCUCAUUGUGCUUGCAGCGUUUCGGUGGCAAGUGGCGUAGAUUGACGAUUUGAAAAGGAUUUAAGUCAAAUAAUAUCGAAUAAUACCAUCAUGCGUUUAGUGUUAUCCGAGACCUAGCGAGCAGUAACAAUCAUGGCUUGCUCAAAGCUACAAAUGUCUGAGCUAUCUAGCUUGGACCCGGAAAACUAUGAGAAAUUUUUUCGGACAAUACAAUGGAUUCCAAAUAGAAAAUUGGAUAAAAAAUCCCAGAAGAAGAUCGGGAAAAAGGAAAGAUUGAGGAGAAUCAAAGCGGCUGGUUCGGUGGGCGUUUGCAUCGCGCCCGUCCUGCUGCGGAAUGCUUCACAUUUCGCAGUGUUCGCCACAGUCCGCAAGUCUAUACUAACUCGUUCUGCACAACUGCGGUUGAUUGAUUCAGAAACACCAGAUAACAGCGACAAUGAAGAGCCAUCCUGCAGCCAUCACCAAUCUCUGGCUACUGUACCAAGGAUUACCGGCAUUGGACUUCGCAUGGUAUUCGCUCUUAUUUCUGAAGCCAGGUUCGCUGAUGUAAAAUUCUGUCAACAAUCUCUUAAAGCAUUGUUAGAUAUUUUACAAGGACAUACUCCUGAGGAUAUGUCUCAGGAGCCCAGUGAGAUGAUUAAUAUAUUACACCGCACCCUGAUUGAAAUCGUGAGCGGCAUCACCCCGACCGGCAUAGAUGAAGUGCCGAACACCAAUAUUGGGCUCAGCUGCGCUUGCUUGGUUGCACUCACAGUUUCCAGGGGAGAAUCAGAACUGAUGCUGAAUGCUAUCGCUGCUAUGAUUAUGAACACUACGGCUAUGACUGAACAAUAUAUAAAGAUACCCAAAAAUUUGACAAUUCUACAAAGGAGUGUACAAUCCGUGAUACUUGGUGAAUCUUCACGUAACCAAUGGAUCAAUUUUGGCGUGCCACAUCAAAGCCUCGCGUAUGGUUUCCCAGUGGACCUGCCUUGCAUGAUGACAACAGGCCCCGGGGAACUCAUAGUCCGUUCCCUGGCCUCGGACGGAUGCUACCUUUACGUAUACUCCUCAAAGGGAUUAAUUAAAAUUGGAACUGGAUACGGCAGCUCCUUAAAACAGCAUAUCUAUAAAUUCAAAUAUGAUUUCUUCCAAGGUGACCGCCAUGGAUGGCUAGGUUAUUGCAAGGAUAAACUGUAUGUGAGAAUUGGGCGGAAGAAACCCGAAGUGUAUGAAGUGAACAAAGAAACCUUAGAAGUGAUGAAGAUCCUUAGACUGGACCCCGGACAAUCCGACUCGCCGGAGCAGAAGUGUGCCGUGUUCACGGAUGGCAAUCAACUGGGACUUGUCUUACUAGCUAAUUACGCUAAAAUUGUCGUGAAAAUGUACGACGUGACAAACAUACCCGAGCAUAACGAAUGCUCCCCUAUCGAGCUGAAAGCGCGGGAAGAAUGGAAUGUACAUCUGUUGCGUCGACGGACUAUGGCAUUGGGCCGUCCGCCGUUUGAUGACGGCUUUUCACGAAGAGCAGGCGACAAUGAUACCCCCGUGUUGAUGCAGUUAGAUGAUAACGAUCUUGACCCACUGCAUGGUAUCUGUGCCGGUCAGGAUUUCGGUCUGUUGACUACGAAAACGGGAAAGGUGUACUACACUGGUAAAGGCACAAGCCUGGGGUACAAAAUGGCGUCCCCACAUAUCGGGCGAUGGACUCUCAUGAAAGAGACAUUAUUCAACAGGAACGAACCGAACGUGAAGAAGUGCCAAGUUACUCAGACUGCAGUGGGACAUGAGGGUGUCCAUGCUAUCCUGGUAUUGGAUAAUGGCAGUGUUCUGUUCACGGGCAUAGCCAGGCGCGGCGAAGACGGCGACAUCGGCAAACAUCGCCGCAACCCAAAACCUACGCGCCCUAAGAAGAUUACUAGGGUGGAGGGUCAUCACAUAGUGUACGCGGCGUGUAACUACGGUUCCACCGCGCUGGUGACUCGCGAUGGCCUCUUGUUCAUGUUCGGGAAGGACACGCAGCAUUGCGACUCCACUGGCUUGGUCACAGGACUCAAACACGAGAAAGUUAUACAGGUGGCACUUGGCAAAGCGCAUGCUGUUGCGUUAACAAACUUCGGUCAAGUUUACACUUUCGGCAUCAACAAUAAAAGCCAAUGCGGCAGAGAAUUCGGCUACGGUAAGGAAAAGUACCAACCGCGACGCAAAGAGAAGGAGGAGGUUCGCGUGUGUGUUGACGGACAUUCGUUCCACACUGACUACUGCCGCGUGUGCACGCUUUGCCGUCAGUGCACCGGCUUCGGCAACAAAUGCUGCUGCGUCGCCAUAGCCGAGCGUGUGCCCGGAGAGUACUGCAGAAAAUGCUGUUGCAGCAAAGGCGAGAGCAGCUGCACCGCUUGCGGCAUUUGUCGCAAAUGUGCCAGCGUGACAAAGAUAUCACAACCGCGCCAGUCGGAUGUUGCAGACGAACACUUAGAAGGCAUGCCCGCAGAACCGCCGCCUGAAAAAGAGGAGAGCAAAUCGGUCGCCCACGAGAUGUCGAUCGCGGGUCCAAGCAGCGAGGUGGACAAGGGGGAGCGGGAUACGAGCGUGAAAGUGAACAGCCUGCCGCCGGCGCGCAUCGCCGUGCCCGGGGGACAUCGCAUCGUCGCCAUUGCUUGCGGCUUGCACCAUACCGUGCUGCUCUCUGAUAACGGUGAGGUGCUGACGUUCGGAUCUAACCAGAUGGGUCAGCUGGGUGCGGGCGAUGUGGCGCCACACCAUCGCAUCGUGCUCGUCCGCUUGCCGCGCGCAUGCUCAGUCGCAGCGGGCAGCAACCACACCGCUAUCCUCACCCGCGACGGAGAACUCUACACCUUCGGAUACCACCAGAAAGGUUCACUGGGGCGCCAACAACCCGAGGAGCCAGUGCGUCAGGAGCGUGCCCCAACUUGGUAUGCGACCCCAGGACGUGUUACCCGCUUUGGCCCACGCGACGCCGCUAAAGCGGUCUGGGUCUCCGCGUCUGGCGACCAGACCUUCGUACAACUCUGUCAGUCUGUCAUCAAGACUGAUACUAUCUUUAGUUCGACUAUCACUGCUAAUGGAAAUAACAUUGUGAUCUUGCCCAACCGGCCGGAACAUGCAUUCAAAUGCAUCACAAUAAACAAAAUUGACAGUUCUUGCAACGCGUGGACUGGACCCGAGCAAGUUGACUUCGUGAACAGUCUCGCAUGUCUAGACCCCCUGUACAAUGUACUGUGGUGCUACCAGCCGCAAAAUAAAGCCAUUAGGUGCUAUAACAUCCUCGCCUUCGAUGCCAACAAACUGCAGCGUUGUUACAACGAUCCGGACAUAACCACGGAAAAUGAAAAGCAAUUCCCUAAUUACGGUAUGAUGAAGCGAUUAGAAGACUUCAAAGAUCUGAAGACUUUCGAUCAGUGCCGUACUACAGAUGAGAAACCACCGAACAAUAUGUCACUCGCCAACAUCUCUGUGUUAAACGAAGAACUUGCCAUACCUAUGGUGGAAGACUGUUAUGUGACAAGGAUGCAUGCGGCAUUGCAUCUCCUGGGCUGCUUGGACUCACUUGCAUUUGCCCAUGAUAAUAAGCUCAAAAUGCCAGAAUACAAACCCGAUAAUUCUGGCGGCAUGACGAAAUCGCUUGCGAUGCUGGAAGAUUUCUCAGUGGUGAACCGCUUCCCCAACCACGGCGGUGGUUGGGGGUACUCUGACAACUCCAUUGAGGCUAUACGCUUCAUGUGUGACAGAAAUAUUUUACUGGGUGGCUAUGGUUUGUACGGAGGCCGUGGCGCUAACAGGGCUAAGAUCAGGUUGUACGACAUUGGAUAUGGUGGCGGCGAGCUGGAGGUGGAGGGACAGCUUCUGGCCGAGAGCGAUGACACCGUGUUCCAGUGCGCGCCCAGGGAACGCUACCCCAUUUUAUUUGAUACUCCUGUACCUGUAGCUGCUAAUCGAUGGUACGUUGCUUGGGCUCACAUCAAUGGCUCGUCAUCCGACUGCGGAUCAUCGGGACAAUCGGUGGUCAUCAAGGAAGACGCCACAUUCUACUUCAAGACCUCUGAAAUGUCCACCAAUGGCACAGACGUGAACGCGGGACAAAUAGGUUGUCUCCUAUAUAUUGUUAUAAAUUCCGAAGAGUUAGCGCUCCGACGAUCCCUAAAGAAUGAACCGAUAGUUAUUCUAUCCAAGAACAUGUCUCGUAAAGUCACCGUCGGCUGCUUCAAGACCAUUAUGAAAUUAAUGGAAUGGAGCUGGAGGACAUUCAGAGGUUUGGUAGAUGCCACAAACGGAUUAGUACCCAUCAAUUACCAAAAAUUAAGCGCGAUGAAGCAACAAAAGAGAUUGGUGUAUGUGAUAAGAUCCUGCCUGAGACUUAUAAGAUCUUAUAUAAAUGAAAUUUACCCAAAGAACAGUAAAAAUAGGAACUCACAGGGGUAUAUGUCGUAUUUUGAGGUGAUGUCUGAGAUACGCAACUUCAUUAAGCAAAUAAUGGCGGAGCAGGUUCCCGUUUGCGCCACGCUACCGAUACGAUCCGGUCAGAAACCUUACAGAGGUUGCUAUGUUCAGUUCUCUUUGGAAUUGACAAAAUCUGUGCUAAGAGAGGCUCACAAGACAGUCACCUCUUGCUUCCACGCGUUCUACCCAACGCCUACGCUCAAGUGGAACCAUCUGUGCUUCCUGCUUUCUUAUAUUAAGGAGGGGAAAGUCCCUAUGGCGAGCGUAAGGGAGCUGUCGGCGACUUGCGCGGCGCUGUGCAAUUCCUGCAGCUUGAUGGACGUGCUGCAACACAUCGUGGGAGUGACGCAAACCUCUCUACGCGAGGACAACAAACGCCGCAUUGAACGCCCUGACAACAGAUUGGCGAAACCAGGUCCGAGUAGAGCUGGUUCAUCGUCGCAUUCCUCGCACUCGAAGAAACCUCCUCCCGUGCCACCUAGAGCCAACAAUAGAGAACAAAAGAGCCAAGAUCAGGGUGAGCCGAAGCCGGCGUACAUGAACUGGCACUUGAUGGACGUGAUUCCGCGUCUGCUGGACAUCGUGCUGAUACCGUUGAAGGAGCGAAUGACGACGCACGAAUGCUCAAAGCCCCAUGAACACGGCGAGAUUGCUGCUCGCCAGCGUCUGGCCGAAUACAUCGGCAAAUUCAUAGUGCGAGUAGUCGCUGAAUUAGCGCAAUACGCUAAUGAUGCCCGGGACGAAUUGGACACGAAUGCCUUGAAACAUCUCACUACUCCGUCGCGUUUUGUACGCGUAAAUCAAAACCGUGCCUGGAACACGGGCAACGGGAGCCCGGAUUCCAUAGCAUUUACAGUAGACAGGUCCGGGAUUAUGCUGGUCGGAGCUUGUGUGUAUGGCGGCGGUGGCUCAUAUGAAUAUACCCUUGAGCUGAUGCAGGACCAGCUACGCAACACAACGGAGGACACGAAGUCGUCGCACUGCUGGGUCAGCGUGGAGUCAGUGCACGGCACGUUCACUGCCGCUGACUGCCAAAACGACAUAGCAACAAUCAAGUUCGAAAGACCGGUCACAUUGAAGGCGGAGUACCAGUAUGCAUUGAGGCUGUGCAACCAAGGCGGGCGCACUGUGAACGGAGACUGCGGCCUGCCUUCGGUGAAGGGCCCUGAUGGCACCACCUUCCUCUUUGCCUCCAGCUCUCUUAGUUUCAACGGCACUACGCUGGCGAGAGGACAAAUACCUUCCCUCAUCUAUUACGGAUCUUCGAAGUUGCUAUCAAACACGUCAGAGAGUAGCGAUGCAAUACUGUCAGCGCUGCGAACGCUGACAGUGCGCGUUGGAGCGCUCGUGAUGGAGCGCUUUACGGAGCUGCUGUCCGAGUUGCGGUCAAAGCUGUCGCCGAAGGAGAUGCGGCGCAACAUCCCCGAGCUGCGAGACAGCCCCGCAGUCAACACCCUACUGCCCUAUGUGCUAACACAUCUAGAUACCAUGGACGAUCCUAAGAGUUACGUGAAGAUAUUGGAGCUGAUUCAUAAGAUGCUGCCGCACGUGGCCGCACUGAAUUUGCUGGUGCCUGGCGAGGAGCCAGCCUCAUUGCCAGGACAGUACUACACCUGGGUGGAGAGCCUGCACCCUUACCAGCCAUCAUCCGUCAGCAACAUAAGAGUACUAUUCCCAAAGAGCGUGUCGUGGAUAGCAUUAGAGAUGGACCCGCGCAGCAUCACCGCGCAGCCGGAGGACACGCUAACGAUCUAUGCAGCGGCAGGAGCGCCUACUCAAAAGUGCACGGCCGUCAAAGAGCCACUCAUAUCAGAGUCGCCCUUCCGCAAGGUAUACAAGCGUCGUAUUCAACUGUCUGUGGAGGAAGGAGACCAGGAUGACUUCAAUGAAGAGGGAGAUCUUGAUAGCAACUGUGCACAUCAUAACAAAAUCUACUUGAGUGUGACUCCGCGACUUGCGAACGUAGCUUCCGAAUAUCCUCAGAAAGCUAUUUUGGUGCCUGGAAAUGAAGCCAUAUUUUCGUUGGAGACAGCCUCUGACUAUCUAAGAGAGUACAAAACUGACAAUGGUCUGGAGAGCCACUUCGGUUACCGGUGCCUGUGCGUGGGUUACGAAGACACGCCGUUCACCAUACAGCGCAAUGGUCUGUUACUAUUGGAGAUGGAGCUGGUGUACGCCGGCGCUGCGUGCGCCUCUCGACUUCUUGCACCUGACUUGGAAAUGCCCAGUACAUCUCACAAGACCCUGGCUGAUAUCCAGUAUCUGGCAACGUGGGGCACGACGCGCGAGGGCGAGCCUCCUCUAGACUACACGGAGAUGACAUUCAUCGCCCGAGGCUUGGACCUCGCUUCACUCCCGACUAUACAUCAAGUGCUUGAUGGACAGAAACUGGCGCGGAGUGCAUCAGCUGAAAAUCAAUUUCUUGUCGAUUUUGUGGCGGCUACUGAGAACACUGCCGGCGGCCGGCUGGCUCGCUGGCUGGCUCCCAUGUCGCACGUGGACCCAUCGAAAUGCGAACUCAAGCUGUUGAGCACUAACGCGAAACCGGCGCAGCCUGUCACCGUGUCCGUCAUCAUUCGCGAUCAGUACGGAGAUCCUGUUAUCUCCCCAUCUCUAAAAGUUGAGAUUCUAGUUCUGCGUUUAAAAAAUAAUGGAGGCGGCAAGAGGAGAUAUAACGUGGACGACGCCGACGAGGCCAUGCCCGAAGUGCCCUACCAGACCACAGUUCGAGAAAAUGUGAGCUACCACGCUAUUACUAUGAUGCAGGCCUACAAGAAUUAUUCGUUCGACGAGAUCCGACUGUCGAGCGGUAUGUGGUCGGACAAGAACGCAGCGGCGGAAGGCAACGAUGAGAAGACCGUGAUGUCUGAGCAAAUGAUGAUCAACGCUCAAGCAGACGGCACUUAUCUCGCGACUUGGGUGCCUCAAGAGCCCGGGAACUACGUCGGCUCCUGCCUCUUCGAUCAUGAACCUAUUAAUAAGGAAGUAGUGUUCGAAGUGAGUGUAGCCGAGGUGCCGAAAGACGAUAAAAAGGAAAAUACUUCCAAUUUAUCUCCGGAAGUGGACGUGGAGGGGUUGAAGGCUCGCCUGCGUCGCUUCGGUAUCAACUACACCGCCGGUCUACGAGUCCGCUCCAGCCCCAGCCUGCAAGCGGAGGUGAUCGGAUGUAUACCGCCGGACGCUAGCAUCGGCUUUGUUGAAGAGGUGGAGAACAAAGACGGUUUAUGGAUACGGCUGAACGAAGAGUCAAUCCAGGAAUAUACAACAAGCCCCGUCGCCAUCGCGUGGUGUUUACAGUAUCACCGCCAGCUGGACCUUGUGCUGAUGAUGGAGUCCAAUCAUACUAGUGAGGCUGACGAGGAGGAAGCCAUAGACUCUUGGAGCGAUGACCAACAGGGGGAGGGCAGCGCCUGGAAACCUGAAGAAAAGGAUAGCACUAACGAUGCCAGUGAUGAUGAAGAAAGAAAAUUCCCAUUCUCUAUUGACUUGGGCAAUGACGCCCUGGCGGCGAAAAAAUAUCACGAAACCCAAUCUCACAGACUACUGAUUGGAAGCAGAUACACUUGUUCGAGAUAUCCUGUACCACGACAACGUAUCUCUGUACCCAGUUCGAGCGACGAAGGGUCGUCGAGCCUGUACGUGUUCGGCGCAGAGCCAAGCAAGCGUUGCCGUCUGGCGCGCAAGAGCGCCGCCGCCGCUGGGGCAGUCGCAGCCGGCUCUCCAAGACGUUUCCAACGCAAGAGCAACGGCAACAGGGAGGAGAUGAUGAUAGCCAGAAGACAUGACGAUAAUGUACAGGACGCUAACGUCCAAGAGACGGACAUAGAGCCGGAGCCACGUAACCACAGCCGGCUGGCGCAGGCGGGCACUCAGACCUCGCCCGACACUUAUGCUGAGGGUGCGCUCGCUCAGAUGUUCCUCGGCAAUAUCGAUGGCGAUGUUGAGGACCUUAAUGGAGACAGAGAAAGAUCUAGAAGUGGAAGUCGUGAUCGAUCGAAAGCACGUGCGCUGCGCGGCUCCCCGCCGCCGCUGCCCGCGCGCGCUUCCUCCUCCUCCUCGGCCGCCAGCUCGCCGCCGCCAGUUCCGCCCCGCAAGCACGCCGUCAGCCUCGCUCAGGCUAAAUGCAUGCGCAGUAUCUUUGCUGCGCUUCUGUGGCAUGAGGGCGCUGUGCAUGACGCGAUCGCAUGCGCAACCUUCCUGAAGUUCCACCCGUACCUGCCGCGCGCGGGCGCGAGCGUGGUGACGCGCGGCGCCGCCCACGUAACGCCCGCGCCCCGCCCACAGCGACACUCCGUAGAAGUUGCCAGCUCAGGGCACUACCUGAACUUGAACCCAUCGACUUUGGAAUCCCUGACGCGUUCAGGGAACGAGGCCUGUGCGAGUCGUGAGCGCAGAACUGAAAUGGACGAAGCCAUUAGCGAGGAAGAGCCUGGAACUAGUGAAGCAGGAGGAUCUUCGCCAGCGGUAGUGAAUGUUCUGCCGCCCGCUCUGCGCGCUUUAGUCUCCUUGUGGGACGCACUGUACGACUCUGAUCAACUUGCAGUUGUUACUGACAAAUUUAAGAAAGGAGCAGCAGAAAAUCAAGAAACUGAUGAUCCAACUAGAUACAGCGGCAUUCGCAAGAGGAAGGAUAGGAAAACAAAUCCAAUGGCAAAGGCGCCCUAUUCCGUUCAAUGCGAGCUGUGCGGAGAUGCGAAGGUGCCGCCGCCGCUGGGCGCGCACAUGCGGCACAGGCACCAAGGCUGCGGCGCGCCAUGCAACACCGGCUACGACCGCUCCGGCGAAUUCAUUAGCCAAGAAGUCCCGCCGGUCCCCACCAUGCAGCCCCUCUGCGGACAGUUCGCACAAAGUGGAAUGGUUUUAAUUACAGCAGUCCAGUUGUGGUACAUCUUCUGUACGAAAUGUCGCGGCACGGCACUCCGAAGCGCUUCAGCACAAAAGCAAGCCAAGAGCAAAGUGGUGGCUGAUCCCAUUACCCGCGCCGAACCUAAAAUUGACUUCAUCAAAAUGCACAACAAUGCUGUCUUUUUACUUAGUAUCGCUUCCAUUAACGAAGAAGAAGCAUCAUCAUCUGCGUCAUCGGGCGAGGGCUCCAGUCGCAGCCCACCAACACCCCCGGGCAGUAUGUGGCAGCCGGCGCCAGCAUUCCAGUGCCUGGUCUCGUUGGGCGCUGCUCCCCGCCCCUCCGCACAAGAAGCUGCGCGGUACUACUCUCUAGGACGACCGCCACCGCCGCCUCCCUCACCUGAAGCGCCGGAGGACGAACCGAGCACGUCCAGAGGGACAGGCAGAAGUCGCCGCAUGCAUCGCUCAGUGUCUAUGGGUCAGGCGGGUGGCCCGCUUGCCGGACAGUGCUCCUUGCUCGCACGCAACGAGCAGCCGCAAGGACGGGAUACUGUCAGAGAUGUGCAAUACUUAGCUUCAUCAAGCUCCUCUCUGCUCGGCCAACCGAGCGCCAACCUCCGUCGUCUGAUUGGCUACGGCGUGGGCGAUGACGCUGUCUCCGCAUUUGAAGUGCCCAAUGUAGACCCCGGUGCCCUGUUCCGUAGCCCCGUGCUCCUGUUCAUACUUGCACGCCGUGAUCUCAAGGCACAUGAAGAGAAGAUGGAAGCCGCCGCAAGAGCUAAUGCUGUACGGCAAUACGCUUGCGAAGCGCUAAACUGGCUGCUUCGUUCGGCAACUCAGUCAACUUGCGUCCAUGACGUUAUGUGGUGGUUCUGUGAGACACUCUCUCAGUACGCGAACUCCCAACAACCUACUCCUGGUGUCCAAGAAAAUCAGGAACAACAAGACGGAAAACAAGCGCAAGCAACGCAAUCCGCGAACCAAGAGUUCGCGUAUCGCGAGUCGGCUGCUACGGGCGCGGCGACGUGCGCGUUAUGCCCGGGCGGGCGGUCGGUACGCGGCUCGCGCGCGGCUCUCCACGCGCUGCUAGGCUCCGUGUCCGCGCUCGCGCCCUCUCUGCACCCCGCCAGCGCGCCCGGCCUGCAAGCUAUACGCUGCUGGGCCCUGCAAUACUCACAACAUGACCGCUCAUUCUUGCAUCGAUCGCAGGUGUUCAACGUGAUCAGUCGCAUUCUGUCUCACGGCGAAGACGGCGCUUUUGACGAGGCUGCCUUCGGGGCUUUGCACGAGAGCUACCACACUUAUCAAAAUCAGGACGGCAUGGUGUGGAAGUGCCCGGACUUGACCAGUUGGUGCGAAAUAACAGUGUCGUCGCGUCCAGGCAUGGCGGGUGCACUGAAUGACUGUAGCACUGAGACGUUCUGGGAGUCCGCUGAAGAUGACCGCAAUAAAUCCAAGUGGAUCCAAGUGACCUGCCCCAGCGGGACCCCUGAGAACAGACCUUAUCUUGUCUGCCUGCACAUCGAUAAUAGCAGGGAUACUGCGAACAAGACACUCGGAGUCUCUUUCCUGUUUAGCAGUGGCUCUAACGAAUUAGCCUACGUGCAAGAAAUCGAUAUCGACCCAAGGAACGCUUCCUGGGUCUCCUAUUCACUACCGCGACUGCCAUGUGCGCCGAUCCGCGUGCGCUGUGAACUCCGUGGCACCGAGCCGAGCGUGCGCGUCCGUCAAUUACGUGUGCUGGGCGUGCCCCGGGCGCAGUACCCCUCCCUCGUUCCCAUACACGCCCUGCAAUCACACGUGGAACAAGACACGCUACGAGUAUUCCGUCUGCUUACCACAGAGGUGUUCGGUAAACUACUUGAAUACGAUUCUAUUGGUGCUGAGAGCAACGAUGCCGCUGCUCCAGCUGACAACGCUAUUGCUGGCGAAAGCGACCUGCGGGAACACGUCGUUGGCAUACUCUUUGCCGGACAUAAACUUACCUUACUCCAGAAACAAGUGAUGACGCACAUCGUGUUUGCGAUCCGCUUUGAGGCGACUCGCGCUCGCGAAGACUGGGAGAUGUGGCUACUCGACUCUGGAUCGGACGACCCGACCACGCCCCGCCCCCCUGUGGCGGACAACUACUGCUUCGAAAUGCUUUCGCUGCUGCUAGCUCUCAGCGGUAGCUCGGUGGGACGCGCCCACCUCGCGAAGCGGCUUGAGCUGUUGAGCGAUAUGGUAUCGCUGUUGCACACCGGCAGCGACCGCGUGCAACGACAGAUCAUAUCUUUGCUGCGCCGCAUGAUAACUGAGAUUCCACCUGAGAGAAUGUCAUUCGCACUGAACUUUGGAUCGGCACCAGAUGAGAAGAUGUCGAUGCUGGACUGGCUCGUUAGUUACCUGGCUAAGGCCAUCACCAUACAAGUGAAGGUGAAAGGACCCGGCAUUGCCAGCACCGACUCAUUUACAAUGGCCGGCAGCGUGAACAUUGGGCCCCCUGGCACCUGGCACAUGAGAGGACAAACAACUAAACAACAUGCUCAAUUGGUCGCCAAAUUACUUAUCGACAUGGCUGAGGGGCGUGUAUCACCGGCGUGGGCAGAGGAAACUAGCCGCGCUCUGGCGAGCUACGCACUGAAAAUAGCGCAAGCCAGAGAAAUCGAGGAUCGCGUUCCUACGCGAUGCAUUUCCCAGCCCACUAUAUGGAUGGCGCUAGCGUCCUUGUGCGUCUGCGAGCAGUCCUAUAUUGAAACAUUCAGGGCAUCGGAAAGUGAGGAGCUGCGUACGGCGGCUGAAGUUCGUCCGCUCUGCGCAAACCACGAUGACGGCAGCACGAUGGCAGUGGUAGACUGCAACUCUUGCGGCCCGCUCUGCGCGGAGUGCGACCGUUUCCUGCAUCUCAACCGCGCCGCGAAGUCACAUCGACGACAGAUAUGCAAAGAGGAGGAAAGCGCAAUCCGCAUCGACAUACACGAGGGUUGCGGCCGUGCUAAACUGUUCUGGCUGCUACUGCUGGUUGACAGACGUACUCUGAAAGGAUUGGCCGAGUUCAGAGGAUUACACUCGGACACUGAAGGCGCAAAUGUGGGCGCUGGCGAAGGCACUUCGACUGGAACUCAAGGCACAGCUGGAAUUUGCAGAUUUUGUGGCACUAGAAGUAGUUCAGGACUCCUGGCUAUAGGAAAUGUUUGUGCCGAGGAACAGUGUCAGGAGUUGGCUAAUGAGGCGUGCUCGCGCGUGUUACCGUGCGGUCACGUGUGCGGUGGCGUGCGCGGCGAAAGCACCUGUCUGCCGUGUCUGCUGGGCUGCGCGCCCCUUCAGGACGCCGCGCCUCUGCGACAGGAUGCCGACGAUAUGUGCAUGAUAUGCUUUACUGAUCCGCUGCAAGCUGCGCCCGCUAUACAGCUGAAGUGUGGUCACGUGUUCCACUUGAACUGCUGCAAGAAAGUGUUGGCCAGCAAGUGGAUUGGUCCUAGGAUUACUUUCGCAUUCUCUAAAUGCCCGAUUUGCAAGGAGGAUAUAUUCCACUGGACUCUGGAAGAGUUGCUUGCCCCGAUACAAGUCCUGUACGAGGAGGUCCGUCGCAAGGCUCUGAUGCGUUUGGAGUACGAAGGAUUGGCUGAGACUCAGUCACAGUCCUCUGAAGACCCCGCGACAUAUGCUAUGGAACGUUAUGCCUACUAUGUCUGUCAUAAAUGUGGCAAGGCAUACUUCGGCGGGCUAGCGCGUUGCGAGGCCGAGUCUAACGGGCGCUGGGAACCUGCAGAGCUGAUGUGCGGCGCGUGCAGCGACACCACGGGCGCACGCGUCUGCCCCAAACAUGGCUCUGACUUCCUGGAGUACAAGUGCCGAUACUGCUGCUCCGUUGCAGUCUUUUUCUGCUUCGGCACGUCUCAUUUCUGCAACGCGUGCCACGAUGACUUCCAGCGCGUCACAAACAUUCCGCGUCAUCUGCUGCCGCAGUGCCCCGCCGGUCCAAGAGGCGAACAAAUGCCGGGUACGUCAGAUGAGUGCCCACUCCACGUACAACAUCCCCCGACAGGCGAAGAGUUCGCCCUCGGCUGCGGCAUUUGCCGUCAUUCCCUGGCAUUUUAAAUUCCAUGCGACAACUGUUUAAUUUAAGGAUUAUUUUAUUAAUUUGUAUUAUUAUUUUUCCGCCUAUAAUGAAUUCAGUCAAAAAUUAUUACCAAAGCAAAACAAAUUUUUAUUUUAAGUUAAAUAUUUAUACAAAAUUUAUAAUUUAUUUUUAUCAGAAUGCGUUGUAACGGAUCAUUUUUCACUAAUUAAUGUUCAAAUUGUUUCCUUCUAUUUAGUUUAGGAUUAUUUAUUUUAUGAUUCAACACAGAGGCGUGAAUAUAAACGCGGACAAACAGGUUAAGAUGACUUCUUAUGUCUAUGCUUUGAAUUAACCUAAUUUAACAUCUGGUUUUACAGUUAUUUAACAAUUUAAAUACGACAUUUCUGAUACUUUUAUUGCGUAACUAAAAAUUAUGUGAAAAGUCAAAAUUUUACUUAUUACGUCAGCAGAGAAAACUUGUAUUUUUUUUUCGUAAGCAUAGACUAAGAAGAAGGGUUUUUGAAUAUUUUAAUCAAUUAUAGCUAUCCUAUCAACUGUUUCCUAUCGUUAUAAUAAUAUUUUUGUAAAGAUUAAUUGUUUAUAAUCUGUGCACGAAAUUUACCAUAGUUCGGAUGCAGUGUACGUUUUUAUUUAAGUUAGAUACUUAAAAAGUUAAUAUUGCUUUGUUAUACAUUUAUUAUUUUUAAUUGUUAAACACUUGAAACAAAAGCAUCAAUUGGAUUUCGUCCACACGUAUAAUGGCGUUAUUUUCGAAUUUAACAAAUUCUCAUUUUUUACACGGAAUUGAAUUUAGCCAAAUAGUUUAAGACAAAUGAACUGCUAAUUUCUCUAUACGUCCUUUCAAAUUUAUUAGUGGUUCAUAUUGAUAUUUACGACGCGAGACUUGUCCAUUGAAUAAAAUUUUAAUGGUUUUUUACCAUUAGAUUUUAUAAAUAAUCCAAUCAACCGUAUAAUUGUACAGAUUUACUAUAAAAACAAUCGUUAAAAUUUAUCGACACUUACCUAUAUUCAAUCUAGUCGUAGUAAAUAAAAUUAACGCACUUAAAAAUUAUAGAUUAAAAUAUUUUGAGACUGUUAGAGACGUAUUGGGGAAAAUUGCGAUAUAGUUUUGAAUAUUUUAAUUCUUUGCAAGCGCUUUCCAUAACGCUUUAAAAACAAAGGCGUCCAGUUAUUUGACAAAAUCAUCAUAGUCGGGCGUUUCCUGUUGGACUGAUAUGCUUACCGUUCAAUCGGUCCAAUGGUAUUUUUUACCAUGGGUCGAUUGAUCAGUAGGCGGAUCGGUCCAACGGAUAACAGCCCAAUCGACAAAGUUUAAAUAAACUUAUACCCGGAAUUACGCCACAGGUUAAUACCAACAUUUGAAACCUAUUAACUAUUGUUUAACGCGGAUAGCAAUCGUUAUCUUUGAACUAUUAUUACGGAAACUCUACCGAUAUAGACGGGUUAUUUGAUAGCCUUAUUACCCUUUAAAUCGUUCGUUUCUGAGACCUUAAUUUCUGUAUAAAAUAUAUUAUUAUCUCUGUUUUUGUACAGGGAUGUUGAUCAGAAACCAAGGAAAAGACGUACAAUUGCCAUUGUUGUGCAAUUAAUUAAAAUGACUUGACAACUGCGUGUGCAGAUCUUAAAAAGGACAUUUGACGAAUAAAUUGGAACGUACUGAAUUUUGACUUGAUACGGAAAUUGAUACAGAAAUGAGUAACAAAGUAAUGCAUGACGUUUAAGAUAAAAUGACCUACUUACGAGAACAUAUUUAAACGAUGAUCGACAACCGGAUAACUGAAAUAACAGUUAAUAAUAUAGUUUCCUAGCAACGGAUUACGUUUGCGGACUGGGUCAUCGUAAUAUUUACCCAGUGGAGGAUUCUAUUCCGGUUUUUUAAUUAUUAAUCAUUAUUAAUCUAUAUUCACGUUUUUUGACAUUCAAUAUGUCGCAUUCUUAAGUGUCUAAAUAUAAUCAAUCGAUGUCAAAUAUAUGUCGUGCAUUUAGAUGAAGUAAGGAAGCAACCCUGGAGCUUAGUCCCCAACAUUCCCAACUUUCUUUCCUUCUCUAAUUACUGGGUUACUAUUUCUUUAUACCCCUUUAUUAAAUACAAAUACAGACUUAUUUUUAAAGAGCCUGCACCAAUCGAAAUGAUAAUACAGUGGUUUUUAACAUAUUUCACAAUAUCACCCUCUAAACAACGACCUUUUAUCAACGGAGCUUGCAACUUAAAUGGUCAACGAUCCAGUUAGUUGUGUCUGCUUAGUUUCGCGAAUUUAUUACAAAGACAGAGCGACCUCUAAAACUUGUGCGUAAGUUAAAAAUUAAUGAAAUAUGUUGAAAAUCUAAUCCUUCUAAAAACUUCCACAUAAUAAUAUACAUAAUAUCAAAAUAACUUAUAGUAGGGGGAGGCAAAGCGGGGAUUAUUUGAUUUACAGGAGCGUGGUAGCACAUCUUAAGACGGAACUUUUAACCGAACAACUAAACUUUCCACAAUUAACAUACUUCAUAUAAAACCGCACCUUUAAGGCAGCCGAUAAAAAUGCCAAGUUCAAAAAAUCUAUGUUAUAAAUGUUCAAGCGGUUCAUCUUGAUACAAUGAGAGUUAAAUGCACGCAGAAAAGUCUAAAUUUCAAUUUUCAAUUGCAUGGUACAUAAGGAAAAUAGCGGAGACUUAAAGUUGCAUGGUUAAAAACGAAACCUUGACAUUUUCGUGCUGGCUAUAAUUUAAAGUGUAGACUUUUCUAAUUGUAAUCAACUCACCUUGUCUCAGUCUGAUGCGCUUUAGUAUUUAUAUCAACUUAUUUUUUUUAACUUAAUAUUUCGACCUGCCAUCCUAAAAGUCCGGCUUUUAUGGUUAGAAGGUGGACAACCUUAUGUUUGACUGCCACGCUCGAGUAAAUGCAAAAAUCCCCGCUUCGCCUCCCCUACUAAUACAGUUAGAUUACAUUUUUGUGUUUUAUUUGUUAUUUCUUCCAAAAUAUUUCACAUUGUCGAUUUAAAUUCUCUCCUAAACACCAUCUUGUGUUAGGAAAAACAAAUUGUUAAAACGGUUUUUAUAGAUAUCAAAAAAAUUAAGGUGCAAGGCUCUUCAAACUGUUUUUGACUUCCUACUGCCGACCUCUUUAUAAUCCUUGUCAUUUAUUAUUUGCUGCCAAUUUACUUAUAUAUUAAGCAGCGUUAAUCGCAAGUAUAUAAUCGUAAUAUAUAAUCUUAUGUACGUGCAACGCCGUACUUUCAAUGUUAGUAGUAAUAAAUGUUGUCGCCUAAAUGUAACAGCUUGUAACAGCUUAAUGUAUUCUUUCCGCGGGCCUAGAGUUAAAGAAUACGGAUCCUGUAAACUUUAUUCGAUUACUAACGAUUUAGUUAAUGGCGACGUAAUUAUUUAUUUAUAAAUUUUUACUUAUACCUUGUUUUAGGAUAUGGCCUAAAUCAAUGUUUAGCAUCACUUUAAAAUAACUUAUUCAAACAGCUCAAACUAAGUUAACGUAUCUUGAAACACUCAGAGGGUCUAGCACGAAUAUUUGCGAUAACCUUGGUAUCGUCAUUGUGAAUGUCAAAAAUAGUAUGAAAUAAUGAUAUUUUGAUGUACUUUACGCCCGACAGGGGCGCUGCACAAACUUUAGUACAAAUUUUUUCUAUGACGAUGCGAUGGUGAUUGUUACAUAUUUUUGCUAGACCCACAAAUUUGGGCAACAGAUGCGACAGUAAAUUAAUUUGGAAGCGAGAAGCAAUUUUGUAUAUUAGUGAUUCUGUUAUUUUUUAUGUAUUAAAAUUGGUUAUAAAAAAACAGAAUCUUCUGGAAUCUUUUAGGUUAUGCGCUAAAUAUUUUUGGGCCAGUCCGUUUAAGUGGAAGGGUGUAAGCCAACGUUUUUGAAUACCGGUUGAAAAUUUGCCUUUAUGAUCACUAAGGCCUCAUAAUUAUACUAUAAAAAUGGCAUUUAAGACCAUCAUUUUCAUCUAAUACUACUCCUCAAAGCGAUUUUCAUUUUAACAUCUCGAGAAUUCGUUCGAUUUUUAAACAGGUGUAUAAUUGUUGGCUACCCCUGAUAUUCAUCGAUUUAAAUAAUGAAUUGGAAAAAAUAUACAAUGCGUCGCCAUUAUUACUUCAAAUUAUUUUAUAUUUAAUGCUGUAUAUCUUAUUAUCAGCAUUUUCUAAAUAAAAAUCGUUGGUAGCUGAAAUAAUAUGUUAUUUGCGGCGAAUUCAUUUCAAUUAAGUGCCAAAAUUGACAACAUUUUUCAUCUUAACUAAAUUAUGACAUGGUUUUAUUGCUUUUUUUACUCGGUGGCGUUAUAAAUGCUAUUUGGCAGAAGUUUUGAACAAAUUUUGUUUAACGGGGUACGGCAGAGUGUUAUAACAGUUUCUAAUGAUGUUUGAUUAAAUCUGGAUUGUAAAAAUUGUGCGAUGACUAACCCCGUUAUUGUAAAAACGCCUCUCGAGUACUUGUAAGUCUUCGGAAUAAGAUUGAGGUUAUGUAUAGUUAUGUUUCGAAAUUACACAAAUGAAAGUGUUAUUACGAGUACGACGAAAAUUUAACAUCUGUAUUAUUGUAAAAAUUUUAGUUAUGAACAAUGGAAACUUUUCAAUAAAGCUUAUG